UUCCUCCUGAGUCAGGCGGAGGAGAGGAAGCAGGUGGAGAAGCAGGAAAAUGAUCUGGUUGCGGAAAUGGACUCCAAUUACUCUGAGGCAGAGAGGACUCCAUUGGACACCAGAGAGAGUUCACUAUGUGAAAGAAGAAUGUCAACAAGACCUCCUCACCCGUCUUUUCCUGGUGGUGGAGAGGAAGCAGCAGCUGCAGAAGCAGAUCAGGGUCCUCUGUGCUUUGAAGAUGUAGCUGUGCAUUUCACGGAGGAGGAGUGGGCGUUGUUGGAUCCUGACCAGAGAGCUUUGCAUAAGGAAGUCAUGGAGGAGAAUCGUAGGAUCAUGUCCUCCCUUGGUGAGGUUGAAUUGGCAAUGAAGAACAAGGGAGAACAUGACAAAAUCCACACAGUAGAGAAACCACAUGAAUAUUUGGAGUGUGGAGAGAGCUCCAUCUCCCUUUCCACUUCCUAUCAAACAAAUCUUAUUGGGAUGAAACCAUAUCAGUGUUUGGAAUGUGGAAAGAGUUUCACCCGGAAGGAAAGUCUCACUGCCCAUCAGAGAAUUCAUACACUGGAGAAACCAUUUCACUGUCAAGAGUGUGGAAAGAGCUUCAGAUGGAAGUCAAAUCUCACUUCCCAUCAAAGAAUUCAUAUGGGGGAGAAACCAUUUCAGUGUUUGGAUUGUAGAAAGAGCUUUACCCACAAGAAAAUUCUCAUUUCCCAUCUAAGAGUACAUACAGGGGAGAAACCCUAUCAGUGUUUGGAAUGUGGAAAUAGCUUUAGUCACAGCGCCUCUCUCAAUUUACAUCGAAGAAUUCAUACAGGGCAGAAGCCAUAUCAGUGCUUAAAAUGUGGAAAGAGAUUCGGUCGGAGGUCCACACUCGCCAACCAUCAAAUAACUCAUACAGGGGAGAAACCCUAUCAGUGCUUGAAAUGUGGAAAGAGCUUCACCCAGAAGGAAAGUCUCACUGCUCAUCAGAGAAUUCAUACACUGGAGAAACCAUUUCAAUGUAAAGAGUGUGGAAGGAACUUCAGUUGGAAGGCAAGUCUCACUGCCCAUGAAAGAAUUCAUACAGGGGAGAAACCAUAUCAAUGUUUGGAAUGCGGAAAGAACUUCAGUCAUAGCUCCCAUCUCGCUUCCCAUCAAAGAAUUCAUACAGGGGAGAAACCAUAUCAAUGUUUGGAAUGUGGAAAGAGCUUCAGUCAGAGCUCCCAACUCACUUCCCAUCAAAGAAUCCAUGCAGCGGAGAAACCAUAUCAGUGCUUGGAAUGUGGAAAGAGCUUCAGUCGAAAGGACAAUCUCACUUCCCAUCAAAGAAUCCAUACAGGGGAGAAAUUGUAUCAGUGCUUGGAAUGUGGAAAGAGCUUCAGUCACAGCAACCAUCUCACUUCCCAUCAAAGAAUUCAUACAGGGGAGAAACCCUAUAAAUGUCUUGAAUGUGGAAAGAGCUUCAGAAAAAGCGUUCAUCUCACUUUCCAUCAAAGAAUUCAUACAGGACAGAAACCAUAUCAGUGCAUGGAAUGUGGAAAGAGCUUCAGUAGAAAGGACCAUCUCACUUGCCAUCAAAAAAUUCAUACAACGGAGAAACCAUAUCAAUGCUUGGAAUGUGGAAAGAGCUUCACUGAAUGUGCAAGUCUCACUGCCCAUGAAAGAAUUCAUACAGGGGAGAAACCACAUCAGUGCUUGGAAUGUGGAAAGAACUUCUCCCGCAAGGAAAGUCUCAUUUUCCAUCUAAUAAUUCAUACAGGGGAGAAACCCUAUCAGUGUUUGGAAUGUGGAAAGAGCUUCAGUCAAAGGGGCAAUCUCAUGUUCCAUCAAAGAAUCCAUACAGGGGAGAAACCCUAUGAAUGUUUGGAAUGUGGCAAGAGCUUCACCCACAAGCAAAGCCUCAAUUCCCAUCAAAGUAUUCAUACAGGGGAGAAGCCGUAUCAGUGCCUAGAAUGUGGAAAGAGAUUCGGUCGGAGAUCCUACCUCACUUCCCAUCAAAGACUUCAUACAGGAGAGAAACCAUAUCAGUGCUUGGAAUGUGGAAAGAGCUUCAAUCAGAGCUCUGGUCUCACAUCCCAUCAAAGAAUUCAUACAGGGGAGAAAUGUUUUCAAUGCUUCAAAUGUGGAAAGAGCUUCAUUCACAAGGCUAGUCUCACUUCCCAUCAAAGAAUUCAUACAGGGGAGAAACCAUAUCAAUGCUUCGAAUGUGGAAAGAACUUCAGAAAAGGUGUCCAUCUGACUUUCCAUAAAAGAAUUCAUACAGGGGAAAAACCAUAUCACUGCUUGGAUUGUGGAAAGAGCUUCAGUAGAAAGGACAAUCUCACUUCCCAUCAAAGAAUCCAUACAGGGGAGAAAUUGUAUCACUGCUUGGAUUGUGGAAAGAGCUUCAGCAGAAAGGACCAUCUCACUUCCCAUCAAAGAAUUCAUAUGGGGAGAAACCCAUAUCAGUGUUUGGAAUGUGGAAAGAAAUUCAGUCAGAGCUCCAAUCUCACUUCCCACCAAAGAAUUCAUACCGGGGAGAAACCAUAUCAGUGUUUGGAAUGUGGAAAGAGAUUCAGUCAGAGCUCCAAUCUCACUUCCCACCAAAGAAUUCAUACUGGGGACAAACCCUAUCAAUGUUUGGAAUGUGGAAAGAGAUUCAGUCAUAGCUCCGGUCUCACUUCCCAUCAAAGAAUUCAUACAGGGGAGAAACCCUAUCAGUGUUUGGAAUGUGGAAAGAGCUUCAGUCAAAGCUCCAGUCUCACUUCCCAUCAAAGAAUUCAUACAGGGGAGAAACCCUAUCAGUGCUUCGAAUGUGGAAAGAGCUUUAGUCACAUGGCCAUUCUCACUUCCCAUCAAAGAAUUCAUACAGGGGAGAAACCUUAUCAAUGCUUCGAAUGUGGAAAUAGCUUCAGAAAAAGCAUCCAUCUCACGGUCCAUCUAAGAAUUCAUUCAGGGCAGAAACCAUAUCAGUGCUUGGAAUGCGGAAAGAGCUUCGGUACAAAGAAUCAUCUGACUAUCCAUCAAAGAAUUCAUACAGGGGAGAAACCCUAUCAAUGCUUUGAAUGUGGAAAGAGCUUCAUUCACAAGGUCAGUCUCACUUCCCAUCAAAGAAUCCAUACAGGGGAGAAACCCUAUCAGUGUCUGGAAUGUGGAAAGAUCUUCAGUCACAGUGGCUCUCUCAGUUUACAUCAAAGAAUUCAUACAGGGCAAAAGCCAUAUCUGUGCUUAAAAUGUGGAAAGAGAUUCGAUCGGAGCUCCACUCUCACCAACCAUCAAAUAACUCAUACAGGGGAGAAAUCAUAUCAGUGCUUGGAAUGUGGAAAGAGCUUCACCCAGAAGCAAAGUCUCACUGCCCAUCAGAGAAUUCAUACACUGGAGAAACCAUUUCAAUGUCAAGAGUGUGGAAAGAGCUUCAGUUGGAAGGAAAGUCUCAAUUCCCAUCAAAGAAUUCAUACAGGGGAGAAACCAUAUCAAUGUUUGGAAUGUGGAAAGAACUUCAAUCAUAGCUCCAAUCUCACCUCCCAUCAAAGAACCCAUGCAGGGGAGAAACCCUAUAAGUGUCUGGAAUGUGGAAAGUGCUUCAGUCGGAAGGACAAUCUCACUUCCCAUCAAAGACUUCAUACAGGGGAGAAACCAUAUCAGUGCUUGGAGUGUGGAAAGAGCUUCAGUCGAAAGGACAAUCUCACUUCCCAUAAAAAAAUCCAUACAGGGGAGAAACCAUAUCAGUGCUUGGAGUGUGGAAAGAGCUUCAGUCGAAAGGACAAUCUCACUUCCCAUCAAAGAAUCCAUACAGGGGAGAAACCAUAACCAUUUUCUCUCACAUCCGUGGAGUGCACCCUCAAUGCCCAGUAUUUAUUUAAACCACAUACCCACAUCUGGAGAUGCAAGUCAUUGGCCAAGGUGUUGAAUUACCUUCCUCACCUCACAUCUGGGAAGAGUUAACAAGGAUUUGGCAACACUGAGGACCUUGCCCUCGAUGCUGAGCUUUCUUUUGAAGAUGUUGACAAGCUUGUCACAUACUUCCACUUCAAGUGCAUCAAAGCUGCAAAUCUGUGGUGCUCCUGAAUGCUAUUGCCACACACUGGACAUCUGCCAGAAAAGCCACAAGUUUCAGUCCUUCCUCUGGGAGAGGUGAGGCGGAGGAGUCCCUGGCUUCUGUCCUCCCUCUAUCACAAGCACAUUUCAGAGCAAAGAACGGUAUCCACGAGAAAGACGAGGGUUCUCUGCUCAUCCUACCUCAAAGUUGGUUGGGAUCCUGACCAAGUACAGUUUCUCUGCUUCAGCCAACUCCAGUUCUCAUCCGUAGACAUCCAAAGCAUGGAAGAAGGCUUAGAUUGAGCUGAGACUCCAAACAACACAGCUCACCCCGCGGCAGCAUCUGAGACUCUUUUCCACGCCAGGUGGACAGACGCUCUGCCAGAUCUUGACCAGUGGGACAUUUUUGUCAGUGCCUCGCAUAUAUUCCUCAAACAGGUGACCCUGCUCUACCGGUAUUUCCUCCUCAUUGUUAACUGAGACUCUGCUGGAUGAGGGAUUUUUGAGACCACGCUGGGUGCCCAUGUCUCCAGCCCAGGCCUUGCAACCCUCUUCACACGAGGCCUUGUGCCCCACAGGUUGUCAGGUAUCACGUCCCCAAUACGUCUUGCCCUUCUUUUCAAGAUUUGGAAACCAUUUCGUCCAGCAUGUGACACUUGUUUAUGUGUAUCCUGCAGCCCUUCCCCUCAGCUAUUACUGAAUACAAAUGUCUCUGUAUUAAAAUAUAUUGCAAAAUC